AUGUACAAAGAGACGGUCUACUCCGCCUUCAACCUGCUCAUGCACUACCCGCCGCCCGCGGGAGCCGGGCAGCACCCCUCGCCGCAGCCCCCGCUGCACAGCAAGGCCAGUCAGUCCCCCCAUGGUGUCCCCCAACUCUCUCCUCUCUACGAACAUUUCAGCAGCCCACACCCCACACCUGCACCUGCGGACAUCAGCCAGAAGCAAGGAGUUCACAGACCUCUGCAGACCCCUGACCUCUCUGGCUUCUACUCUCUGACCUCAGGCAGCAUGGGACAACUGCCCCACACCGUGAGCUGGUUCACCCACCCGUCCUUGAUGCUCGGCUCCAGCGUACCCGGUCACCCCGCAGCCAUCCCCCACCCGGCCAUUGUGCCGCCCUCAGGGAAGCAGGAGCUGCAGCCUUAUGACCGCAGCCUGAAGACACAGGCAGAGUCCAAGGCGGAGAAGGAGGCCAAGAAGCCAACCAUCAAGAAGCCCCUCAAUGCCUUCAUGCUGUACAUGAAGGAGAUGAGAGCCAAGGUCAUUGCAGAGUGUACGCUUAAGGAGAGCGCCGCCAUCAAUCAGAUCCUGGGCCGCAGGUGGCACGCGCUGUCGCGAGAAGAGCAGGCCAAGUACUAUGAGCUGGCCCGCAAGGAAAGGCAGCUGCACAUGCAGCUGUACCCAGGCUGGUCGGCACGGGACAACUACGGGAAGAAGAAAAGGCGGUCGCGGGAAAAGCACCAAGAAUCCACCACAGAUAACUCUCUUCACUAUUCCUAGGAGGAAAAAGAAAUGCAUUCGGUACUUACCCGGAGAAGGCCGCUGCCCCAGCCCCAUUCCUUCCGAUGACAGUGCUCUAGGCUGCCUUGGGUCCCCAGCUCCCCAGGACUUGCCCUCAUAUCUUCUGCUGCCCCGCGUGCCCACAGAACUGUUUGCUAGCCCUGCAGAGCUGGCACCUACAUCCCCAGGUCUAUCUACUGCUCUCAGCCUCCCCGCCCCGGUGUCCCCACAGGUGCCCUGCAGCGCCCUGCAGAGUACACAGGCACAGCAACAAGAAUCUCAGAGACAGGCAGCCUAGCAGGCACAGGACAGCUGGCUUCCUCCAGGGGCCCACCACCCAGGAGGAAGCAACAGAGCUCCAAACGUGGAAACCAGCUAGGGGUCCUGUUGACUGCAUCUCAGUGUCCAGACCCUGAAGAUUUCAGAGGCUGCACAACUUCUGCCUGAACCUGAGGCCAUCAAUUCAGAAUGCUCUGAGUGGUGGGGAUCAGACCUGUGUUGACGUGUCAUCUCAUUAAGGGCAUCUCUUGUACCUGUGGCAGCCUGCAUCUGUUUUUACCAUCUGUCUUACUGGCCAGAAGCCUCUGCCUCCUUGCUUUUCUGCUACAGGUCAUAGAGGGGCUAGACUAAGCCCAAGCCACCUUCUCUGCCCCUGCCUUCCCUAUCUCCCACUGCCACACCUCCCCUUACCAGACACUUCAGACAACAGGUGAGCAUGGUCACAACCAGAAAGCUCAAGGUGACAGUGCUUCUCUCUUAACGGAAUGGAGAAGCUCUGGAGAGAACCAGAGCUCUACAGAGAACCAGCUGCUAUUCAUAAGCCUCUUACCAUGUUCUGAGGCGCUUGCAAGACGCUGGGGUGAGGAAUGCAAUAGGUUAAUAAGUUUAGGCCCAGCAACCUAGGCAACAGGAAUGACCUGACACUA